UGUGACACCUCAGAAGUCUUCUGCAGCUCCUAGCUGCAUAUGUAAUCCCUGCUUUACAUAUGGGUAAAGUAAAGGAGGACUGUGGCUCUGCCCUAAUCCUGGGGAUGGGAGUGACACCGGAUACAAGUCCAGGCAGACUGUUCUUCCUGUAAAUGGCUGAGGAAAAUGGUUGUGUGAGCGACGGUGUCAAACUAGGAGAGAAAAGGAGCAGCCCGGAAGAAAGCUUCCAAAUACACACUCCCACUGCAGCAACACUUUAUGGCUGUCUUGAGGCUGGGGAGAAGAACAAGCAGCUGCAAGCUCUUUCCAAGCUGUUUGUUUGCCAGACUUCUCUCUGGGCAGCCUGUGGCACAGCCAGCUGUGAGAGCAAUACAAAACAGAAAAAUACAAAGAGAUAAAAGGCAAGAUGGAGAAACUGGGAAGAAGAUGAGCUUUAGAAAGAGACUAAGACCAAGUCUGAAUGCCCCUGAGUCCACAGCACUAGAAGUUGGAGAAUGCACAGUUACAUGUGGGAUUGGUAUUCAGGAAGUUCUGUCAACAAGUGGAUGCCCUGGGAAAGAAGAAAAAUGUAUUGUUGGUGUGAAGGAAUGCCGUGGGCCAGUGGACUGUGGAUGGGGAAGACCAAUUUCUGAGAACUCUACAAGCGUGAUGAUGACUUGUAUUUAUAUCUCUCCUGAAAAUCGAUUUCAAUAUGUUUGGAAGGUCUUAAUUCCAGAUGAGCCAGCAAGCAUUCUUCCCAAUGAUUCAGCUAUUGUGGUAGUACACAGAGGUAUGCAUUCAGUUACUUACCAGUGUGAAACUCAUGAAAAUGGAACCACAAUUGCCUCUGUAAAAUACACAGUGAAUACAACAACUGGACUGAAAAUAAAAAAAGCAAAGGGAAAAUUAAGAGAACUAUCAAAGAAAAGAUGGACAAAUGCCAUUCUGAUCUUUUGUGUGGUUACUGCAGUCAUUUUGACCAUUGGUGUGAUCUGCAUUGUAGUCUUUAUAAUUCUUCACUGGGCUCUUGUCAAAGCUGGUUUGGAAUCAAAAUGUGGUCGAGGCAACAAAGACAAAAAGCUGUCCGACAGUAGUUCAGUGAGUACCCUGGAAUAAGUAGGCUCUCACUCAGAGUCAGUGUUGGAUUUCAAGGUGUUGGAGUUCCUGCGCCUGCAUCUACUGUGAUCUCCCUAACUUCAUUAGCCACAAUACAAUAAGUGCCACAAGCCCUUCUAGCACAUGCUGAAUGUACAGAUUUAAUUAAAAAGAAAA